AACAGUUGGAGUGUUGGCAUGACAGGGGGAACCAUGCUUCAUCAUACCUGGCCCUGAUGUCAGCACUCAAUUGUGGGAAUGGCUCAUAGGGAGUUCAUGAAAGUACUGAAAAGCAGAGGGCUUGAUCAGAGAAAAUCCUUGAGCAUUGAAGACCCUCAUGUGCUCAGCGAUAUCUGCCUGGAUGGCACUGGAAAGAGAGGAAAAGAGUAUGAGAGACAAGAGCUGGACAAUGGUGUUCAUAGUGGAAGGGGACAUGAACUCCUGGUGCACACAAAGAUUUCCAAGGGAGGCCUCCUGGCGGAGGAGGCGGAAGGUACGAAUUACCGAGGUGCACAACAGGUCUCACAUAAAGAUCCAUUGGCAGUCUGUGAGGGCUCCUGUAUGUCAACAGGCCAUGGCUGGAUCAAAUUUGAUCCGGAAAGCUCUUGGAAUGGCCAGAGUUACAGGCCAAACAACAGGAGAGGAAUUGGCAGAGCGGGGAUAGGAGUGGACACUUCUUUGGAUGCGUACACAUCUUCUUCAGGAAGCAGCAAGUCGAAGGGGGAUGGAAUGAGAUUAUGUGAAGAGAGCAUGAGAUUGUGUGAAGAGAGCAAGCAAAAGCUCGACUCUCUUGCAUGUAUUGGAGGCUCCCUUGGGAGGGAGGACAUUGACAUCACAUUACCAAAGGAUUGUGAAAGGAAUGGUCCCUAUGAAGAGAGGGGAGGGAGGAAUAACUACAGUGCAACUCGCAUUGGGGUGAAUGCCAAAGAUGUGGCUCUGCAAAUUGCCAGGCUUUGGGAUCAAAGAACGAGUACAAAGAGGGAGCAUACACUGUGCGGCACUGAAACUUUAGGAGAAGGAUUGAGAUUGAGUAGUCUCCUUGACCGUCACAGGAAUUGGGGGAAAGAAGUGGGGGACGGAGGAGGUGGAGGAAAACAUGAUGAUCAUGGAAGAUGCACAAACUGGAAUGGAAAUGGGAAAAAUGACCAAAAUGGGCAUCGCCGUACCACCGGUGGCAGUGAGAUGGAGAUGAUGUUGGGCUCGAACGGCAGUGGCGGUGAAGGGAUCCAGGUAAUCUCAAGAGCAAAGAUAUGUAGAGGGAGUCUUUCAGAAGAUGACAACUCUCAUGCAAUGGUUCGGAAUGGUGGAAGCUCAGGCUUUUCUUCUGGAAACAUUGGCCUUGGUUAUGCUCAUGAGCUGGAAGUUGGCAAUAGGAGGAGGGAAGCGCAUGAAGGAGAUGUAGAAGCUGGUCGGCCUUCCACAAGGGAUUGGAGGAGUUACAAACCAUCAUUUGCUGUCAAGAGGAGAUCAAACGAAAGUGAGCAGAAUUGCCAUGUGGAUGGACGCACUUCCAGAAGUAGUAGUCCAGAUGAUGCUCUCAAGAGAAAUCUAGAGAGAAGGCAGCACUUGCAAGAUAGAGCUCAACUUCAAACCAUGUUAGCAGAAGAAGUGGAAAGAAGGAUGAGGGAGGAGGAGGCAGCAGAAAUGAAAGGUAGACAGGUGAUGGAACUUGAGCAGAACAAUGAAAGGCUGCUGAAACAGCUGAAGGAGAGGGAACAAAUGAUUGUGGACGAGAGGAGGAGAGUAAAGUCUAGAGAAGAGCUGCUCCAGAAAGAUGAAGAGGAAAAGGCAAGGCUUGAAAGAGAAAUUCAAGCCCUGCAGACAAAGGAGGGAGAUCGGCAUUCUGAGUUGGAACAAGACARGGAGAGCAGRAUGGUUAUGGUUCUUGAGAAGGAGAAAGCAAGGUUAGAAGAGGAACUUGCUUCAGAAAGGCAGAGAAGAGAGCAAAGGGAGGAAGAGGUGAAGGAAGAAAUGGAAAAGAAAAUGGCCGUGCUACAGACACUGGUAAASAAACUGCAAGAAGAGAAGAGCACUUUAGUGGAGGGCCUGGCAACGGAAAUGGAGAGCAAGGCUCAUGAAAUUGCCGYAGCGAAGGACAUGAUUGAAACAAUGAGGAAAGAAUGGGACGAGAGGGUGGAGAGAGAAGCACAGAAGGUGCGGAGGGAGGCUGAAGAAGAGGCAGAGAAGAGAGAGCAGGAACUUACUGUGGCACAGGAAGCUGCGGAGAUGGAGGUCGCCCAGGUGAAACAGCAGGCAACUAGGAUAGAAGAUGGAAGGAGGCGGCUGUAUGGCAAGCUAGAUGACACGAGAAGCUCUAAAUUUGAUGGAAGGGAGAGGAUUCGAGAAGAAGAGGAACUGGCAGCAGCAAGGAACGAGGGAAAUGAUAGGGAAAAGGUUGUCCCGGAUCCACAGGUUAUGUCCGGUCUGAUUGGGAAGGGAGAGGAGGGUCCAGAAAGUCGCCAACAGAUAGAUCAGGUAGGAGAGAAACAGGAAGCUCAGCUAAAAGAAACUCUAGUGUCUGUGCAGUGUCUAUGUGAUGAACGAGGGGAGGUAAUCGACUCCAUGAAGAAGAAGAUGCAGCAAGAUAAAUUGCUGAUGGAGGCCAAGGAGAGGGAAAAUCGCAGGCUUAUGGCAUUGGUGGCCGGAUUUUCGGUUGGGGAGGAGAAGCUGAAAGAGGAGCUUAGCAGAGCAAGACAAGAAGGUGAAAAGUUGAAUGAUAAGAUGAAGAACAAGGAAAAAGAGGUAGAGCAACUGAAAAACGAGGUUAAAGACCUUGAGAAGAAGUUGUUGGAGGGAGAAAGAGAGAGGCAGCAGUUAUGGACGUCGAUCUCUGGCGAGCAGUCAUGGGAUAGGGAGAUAGAGGCCAAGGAAAGGGAGGUAGAUGAGCUGAGAAGUGUGGUAAAGAAUCUAGAACAGCGGUUGCAGGAGGGCGAACGAGAGAGGCAGGAGCUGUGGGAGACCCUCUCUGGAGAGCAGUCCCUGGAAAGAGACAUAGCGGAUGAGAAAAAAGAGGUAGAUGAGUUGAGAAAUGUAGUAAAGAGUCUGGAGCAGAGACUGUUGGCGGGUGAUCGAGAGAGGCAGAAACUUUGGGCAUCGCUUUCUGAGGAUCAACCAAGGGAAAGAGAGAGAGCAGACAAGGACGAUACUGAGGUAUUUAAACGGAGGACAUCUGUGCAGAGUCUUGAGGGGAGAAGAUCUCUAGACGGUGACCAAGACAGGCAACAAUUGUCAGGGAAGUCCAGAUCUGACGAAAAGAUUUACGGAAGAGAGAUUGAGGUCAAAGAAAAAGAGAUUCAAGAGCUCAGAAAUCUGGUGAAGACUUUUGAGCUGAGGCUGCAAGAAGUUGACAAAGAGAGACAGGAGUUACAGGCAUCACUUUCUGCAGUGCAAUCACAGGAAAUGAAAGAGAUGGACGAUGUGAAGAGUGAUGUGGAGGAGGUUAUUGCAGCAAAUGAACAACUGCGUGCUGAGAUUGCUGCCAAGAAGGAAGAGCUGGCCAAAGCAGAGCAGAAAAUGAUGAAGGAAAGGAGAGAAAGGGAGAGGGAGGUGAAAGAGUUGAGAGAAACAGAGUCACAACUGCGGGAAAGCUUGCAAGAGAUCUCCAGAAGAUUUGACGAGGCUAUCAGUGGUAGGAAGCAAGAGGAGGAACUUGAGCAGCAAGGGGUUGGCUGGAACUCUGAGUUGGCAGAUAGAGAGAAGGAAGUUGAGGAGCUGAAGGGAAUUGUGAGGAAUCUGAGGGGAAGACUAAUAGAGUUGGAAGGGGAGGUUUCACGGUUGAGUGAUGAUGUUGAGGAAAGAGAGAAAGAGGCGCUGAGGCUGCUUGAGGAGGUGCAUGCCAAGCAGGAGAUUGUUGAUGAAGCUCGUGAUCAGGUACGCUUACAUGGACUCAACUUACUAAGUUGCAGCUUUGAUUAUGCUGCUUCCUUACUGCACUGUAUGGCACCGGUGAAGUUCCAGGGUACAGAGGUCAUUUGCAAGGAGUUUGCCGAAGAGGGGAAUGUGGACACCAGUGGGGAAGGGUAGAAAAUGCGCCCUAACAGUGAAAGACAGUUGAUUGAUUCAUCAACCUUCCUGACCUAGUGUGUGCGAAAGAUGGUCAGAGUACAGCUUGCACUGGAACGCUGAGCUGCUACAGAAAUGGAGAGAUUGCAGUAAGUUGAAAGAAACUGCUCAGGCCUGAGUAAUGUAGGGCCGUGGCAAGUGGCACUCCUGAUUUGAAGUCCGUUCCCCUCCUGGCCUUUGGACUCCCGGUGUGUUUCUGCUGAUCCAUCAUCAGUGGGUGGUCAAUCAAUUCGAACACAGCUG